UUUUCUCCUCCUCUCCACACAACCAACCAAGCCAGUCAGUAGUAGCCAUGUCAGCGUCUCCGCAGCAACAACAACGACCACGGCCACGCCUUCGAGCGCCACGACGCGCGGCAGCAUCAGCCGCACGAUCUUCUUCGUCAUCCUCCACCUCCUCUCGCUCCUCAACGACAUCGUCUCAUGCAUCCUCAUCGUCCAGCCGGCGACGCCAGCAAAACCGCCACCGCGACCAGCGGCAGCAGCAACAGCAACAGCAAGACCCUGGUUUUGAGCGCUAUCGAAGAGCUUUUGAGGGCAUCGCCCACAGCAAGAAGAAGGCCAGCCCUUCCAAGAAGCGCGUCUUUCUGCUCGCUCUCGCUGACUUUCGCCGCUCCUCUGACAGCGAGCUUGUUAGGCUCCUGAAUCUGUCCAAACCCCUCAACGAUAUCCUUCCCAGGGCUUCUGACGCCAAUGAUUUCACCCCCGAUCGCUGGGUGAACGCGAUCAACCGCCUGCUGGUCAUCGAAGCGAAGGAGUUUGAGCGGCAACGCAACGCCGCCCUCCGUGCCAUGGCCUCCGACUCCAGGGCGCUGAAGGCAGUGUUGUUCGAGAUUGAGACCCCACACCCGGGCCAGUCGCACGCGGAGCACAUCACCGCAAUCGCCAAGCUGUUCCGCAUCGUGUGCACGACCACUCAGGGCUUGCUUUCCCGAUCCAUCCUGUCGUCGAUGCACAGGUUUCGGCAAUCGCCUGCCGUUCGCAAGUGCCGGUCCAGCAACAGCGACGUUCAAGCCUUUCUGGCUCUCUUUGAGGGUACAUCAUUUCGAACACUGCCCAUCGUCCCCAAGAUUGAGGUCCUGCAACGAUCGUUGGCCCCUGGCGAGCACCUCUUCCCGCUGGAAGGCAAUGCCAACAUGGAGCAGCUGCUCGAGCACCACUUCCGUCUUCUGCGCGAAGACAACAUCGGCCUCCUGCGCAGCGGCAACAGCGACGACAGCGACGCGGUGUUCGGCCUGACGCAGUCCCGCUAUCUUCCGGUUUACAACGUGCGCCCCUGCGAGUUUGACCUGCUGCUCAACGGCCGCGCCAUCACCUUCACCUUUGAGCUUGGGCGCGACAGUGCGUACCACAAGCUCAACAAUACCUCCCGCAUCCGCUUCUGGCAGCGCGAGCGCGUGCUCAUGGCAGACUGGCUUGUCGUGUUGCUUGAGAACGGCGUGCCGAAGCACCUUGCCCGCAUCGACCGCAUACGUGACAUCGGCAUGCUGAUGAAAGGCAAGGUUCAUCUCACCCUCCUCGAUGACGCAGUGGCCGACGAGAUUGUCAGGGACCUGGUCCACCACGAGUGCGGGAGCAUUACCCACGUCCUCAAGAAGCAGCCCGCGCAGCAAGAACAGAACCGAUCGUACACCUUGCUUCAGCUGUCCCCUUUGUUCGCAUAUGACAAGCCGCUGCGGCAGCUGCAGGAAAUGAGCGACUUCCCCUUUGAGGAGGAAGUGCGCAAGAACACCAACUACAAGCUGAAGGAGCGAGACCUCAUCAAUGUUGGCCACCACAAUGGCACGAGCACCACUGACGCCAGUUCCAGUGCCAGCAACACCGCACCCAGCAGCAACAACUCCCGUCAUACCAACAGCCACGUUGAUGACGUUGAUGACGUUGAUGAUGGUGAUGAUGGUGAUGAUGGCGGCGGGUGGCAGCCGGCCCCAGCAAACAGGAAGCGGCAGGCACGGCGCCACCGCCGCACAGUCGUCGGCCCUCCAGAGUACAUGAAGCGUGGGCAGCACGAUGCACAGCUUGCCCAGUUCCUGCGCAGCCGCGAUGGCGGUGCAGAGCUGAACGCCAGCCAGCGCGCCGCGAUGGUCCACGUCAUGCGCAACCGCCUGGCGCUGAUCCAGGGCCCACCAGGCACAGGCAAGACGCACAUUGGCGUGGUCAUCACACGCUUCCUUGUGCAGGUGCUCAAGCUCAAGGUGCUCGUCGUCUGCUUCACCAACCACGCGCUGGACCAGUUCCUCUCCGAGCUCCUCGGUGAUGAGAUCGGCGACGACGAUGGUGACGAUGGGGACGGCGGUGACGGCAGUGACGGCGCUGACAGUGAUACAAGCGGCAGCAGCGACCAGCAAGGCACAGCUGGGCGUCGUCGGGAGGCAACGCGCCACAAGCAGCUCGCCGUUACCAAGAAGAUCGUGCGCCUGGGCAGCAGAUGCAGGCACCCUCGUCUUGAGCAGUAUCAGCUGCGCAACUUGCGCGAGGGCAGUGACUCACACGCCCUCAAGCCUGCUCAGCGGAAGGAGGAGGGUAGGCUGCGGAAACAGAAGACACGCUUGCGCAACCACAUCUGCGCCCUGCGCCGCGCCAUUUGCUUUGAGCGGCACAGCGAGGCAGCUGCUCAGUGCUAUCUUGGCUACAGGGGCAGCCCGGAAGAGCGUGCUGCCUUUGGAUUCCCGCCUCUCCGGUCAAACAGCAGCAGCGACCCAGGCACCCAGCACAAGCACAAGCACAAGCACAAACCAGCAACCAAGGCCAAGUCUGCAAGUGCAAACAGCAACAGCAACAGCAACAGCAACAGCAACAGCAACAGCAACAGCAACAGCAACAGCAACAGCAACAGCAACAGCAACAGCAACAGCAACAAGGCCGAGUCAUUGUGGGGGCUGUGGUGCACAGGAGCCCCGCCACCACAGGGCUUGGCCAACAACAAGUUGUGGAAGUACCCGCUGGAUACACGCAAGCUGACCGCCCUCAAUUGGAAUGAGCGCAUCCCGGAGCUCGUCGUCGACCUUCGCAGGGCUAUUGCUGAUGCUGACGAGCAACUGGGCAAGCUGCGGGCCGCCAAGGACCGCACCAUCUUGGCGGAUGCAGACAUCAUUGGCUGCACAACGACUGGUGCUGCCGGCCACGCCGACGUGCUCAAGGGCCUGGACAUCCCCGUGUACAUGGCGGAGGAAGCCGGCGAAAUCCUGGAGGCGCACGUGCUUGCGUCCGUGCCCACAAAGUGCCAGCACGCCAUCCUCAUCGGCGACCACAAGCAGCUGCGCCCAAAGGUCAACCGCUACAAGUUCGAGCGGGAGAGUGGCGAGGGCUUCAACCUCAACGUGUCGCUGUUCGAGCGCCUUGUGCCUGUCCUCGGCUUUGCCUCCCUGCACGAGCAGCACCGCAUGCGCCCCGCCAUCAGCCGCCUCGUGCGCGAGAUGACCUAUCCUGACCUGCAGGACCACAAGCAGACGAAGAAGCGCAAAGACAUCGUCGGCCUGCGGCACAACGUCGUCUUCCUCAACCACGACGAGAAGGAGGGCUUCAGAGACAGCACCACGCGCUCCCGCCACAACCUGGGGGAGGCGCGCAUCGUAUUUCAGGUGGUGCAGCACUUGCUCCUGCAAGGCUACAAGAGCAGCGACAUUGUUGUGCUCACCCCAUAUGGCGGCCAGGCGCGCCUGUUGGACGGCAUGCUGCGCAGCAUCACCACGGAGGCCAAGCAGCACCUCCACCUCGAGUGCAUGGCGUGCAGGGCAGACUCACACGAGCUUGCCAGCCACCUGCACAGCCACAAGCAGGACCGGUGGCGUCGGCGGUUUGAGGACCCGCAACAGGCCUGGCGCCGGCGUGACUUCUCCCUCGGCGACGGCCAUGACGAUGACGACGACGGCGACAACCGCAACAACAACUCCACCAGCAGCCGCGACGGCACGUCGGGUGGUAUCCAUGGCACUAGGCAUGCAACAACAGCGACGCCAUCAUCAGCGAGCGUCGGUCGUGAGCUUAGUGCUGAUGGCGGCGCCACCAACAGCAACGACAACGGUGCUGACGGCGACGGUGAUGAGGAUGGUGAAGACAAGCGCGAAAAGGCCGUGAUCAAACGCAAUGUGGCGCUGCUGCAGGCGGCGCGCCGCGAGUUCCCCAUCAAGGUCGUGACGGUCGACAAUUUCCAGGGCGAGGAGGCAAAGAUUGUGGUGAUUUCCCUCGUGCGCAGCAACAACAAGGGCAGCAUCGGCUUCUUGCGUGAGCCCGAGCGCGUGAACGUGAUGCUGUCUCGUGCGCGUGAUGGCAUGAUCGUCGUGGGCAACAAGUCUACGUUUGACCGCUGCAACGUCAAGAAAGGCCGCUGGCUCUGGAAGAAGUUCUUUGGCACCCUGCCUGAGGAGGCUGUCUGUGCUGGCCUUCCCAUUGUGUGUCCGCAACAUGAACACCACGGCCCGUGCGAGCUGGAGACACCGCUGCUGUCUGAGAGAACAAUUGAGCCGCACAACCACGGUGGCUGCUCGCAGGAGUGCCCGCGCCCGCUGCCCUGUGGUCACGCAUGCAAGCUGCGCUGCCACGAUCAAAAGCAGCACAAACGCAUGCUGUGCUGUGAGCCCGUGUUCCUCGAGUGUGACGAGUGCGAGGGCGUUUACCAGACGCACUGCCACAUGAACGAGCCGCCACAGGCAGCGCACGAUCGCGGUGGCGACACAGAGGGCGAUGGUGACACGGGAAAGCGCUUUCACGACCCCGUGUGUACCGUGUGUGCGGCGAAACUUCACCUGGAGCACUUGGACAGCAACGCCAUUGGUGCUUGCGAGUCCACACUCGAGGAUCUCAAGAGUCAGCUGCAGGAACGGCGGACCAGUGACACGGGCAUGAGCCUGCCUGCGACCGUGCGAGGGAGCACCGCCUCUAGCUCCUCAGCGAGGAGUGCACCCUCUUCCUCCUCGACAGCGUCGUCGUCGGUGUCAUCAUCGUCAUCUUUGCUCACUGCAUCAACUUCAAGCGCCGAAUCGCCGUCGGCACUGCCUCAAGCAGGCACGACUACCAGCGUGACGUGCUCUGGCACCCACCUGUGCAUGCAGGAAGCACACGUGCGCGUGACGCAGGCGCAGCUGGCGGUGGUGCGCGCAAAGGCCGAUGCAUUCACCUGCGACCAGGUCGUGGACGAUUUGACGAACACGCUUGCUGCCAUGCUUGAGCGCCAUCUACAGCUCCAGAAAGAACGCAUUGACUUGGAGGCUCAUCUGUACGGGCACAACACCUUCGAGCAGGAAGAAGAAUACGAAGACGAAGAAGAAUACGAAGGCGAAGAUGGGAACUACUCUGCUGGGUCGUAUGACACGGGCGCAAACGACAGCAGCGAUGACGAUGAUGAGGACGAAGAAGAAGAUGAUGAUGAGGACGAAGAAGAAGAGGAAGAGGAGGAAGAUGAUGAGGAAGAGGAGGAGGCAGAGGUGUGUGACGAUGGCCACCAAGAGCUAUUGAACAUGGUGCAGAGGGAUGGUGCAGUGUCGACCGAUGACGACGAUGAGGACGUGCUUGAUGAGGAUGAUGACGACGACGAAGAUGAUGAGGAUGAUGAACAGGAUGAGAACGAGGAUGGUGCCGGCACUGAUGACAACUACGAUGACAACGGCAUUGAUGCCGAUGAUGUUGAUAGCUACGAUGGCGUCGUUGAAGGUGCUGAGGACAGGCUGCAUGAAAGCAUUAGCGAUGGAGAGAGUGAUGACAACGGCUACGAGGCAGAUUUCGUCGACGAUGACGAUGACAGGAGCGAUGACGACGAGGAUUACUCUCCAUCUCAAUAUGACCAAGGGGAUGAGGAACACGCCGCUGCCGCUGCUAGCAACGCUGAAAGCGGUGGUGACGACGAUGAUGAUGGUGAUGACGACAUGAGGCCAACAGACGAGGACUUGCAGACCAUCAUCGACCGCUUGCACGAGGACAAGCAAGAUAUUGAAAUGCAAAUUCCACAGGCUGAAGACCAACUGCAGAAGUGGCAACAGCAGCAAAAGCAGGCGCACGAGAAGCUGGCACGGGCACGCAGGUCCCUGCGAAGUGCACUGUUUGCGCUGGUUGAUCUUCUGCGCGAUGGCGCCUCCGCACUGACACCGCCCGGCACAAGCGGCAUGACCCCAAAGGAGUUGGUGGAUGUAGCUAACGGCCGCGUGGGUGAUGGCGAGCCGGCAGAAGUUAAUGCAAGCAACGGCAAGCGAGAAGGAGCAGUACAUGACAACAACAGCACGAAUUCGGCCGGUAGUGGUGACCAGGACAAGAAGAAGAAGGACAAGAAGGAGAACAAGAAGAACGAGGAGAACGAUAACAGCAAGGGCAAGGAGGUGAACGGGGCCGAGACGCAAGCAGGCAAGCUCUGCAGCGACCUCACGAUCGCAGCCAUUCUGGAGUAUGCCGGUCACAUGUUUAGCUUGCCCUUCCCAACAAAGUGGAACAGUCUCAUUGUUGGUUGCGAUGGCAAUGGGCGGGACUCCGCCAGCACCCGCACCGAAGACCCUGAGCAGAGCGCCGGCAAGAAGAAGAGCAAGAAGAAGAAGAAGAAGAAGAAGAAGAGGAAGAAGAAGAAGAGCAAGAGCAAUAGCAAGAGCAAGGACACCACGAAGCAGUUGGCCAGCAACUCCGACACCAGUAAGGCCAACAACAACGGCGCCGGGGCGAGUGAGCAGCCUCCACAUGAGAGUGCGGCUGGGCCAGACCUGUCGCCAUCCAUGAGCACGUGCCCGGGUGUUCUCGAUGGCGGCGGCGCAGUGGCACUUGCUCACGACAAGGUGUGGCAGGCCAUUGUCGGCCACAACUUGUUUGAGGAAGGGCUCGUUGAGCGCACGAGGCAGCGGAGGAUUGUACUGCACCAGCUGUUUCAGCGCUUCACGCCCUUGUGGCGACAGGAGGAGGAUGCCAUCCGAAAGCUGCGGAAAAACGGCGUCCGCGCAAGCAAGAUGUCGCAGGAGGAACUGAAAAAGCUGUUGCACUCUGGUCGCUUCCGUUCAGGCUCUGACGCGUACAAGUCGGUGAAGCAAGUGCUGAACGCGCGCACUGCGAUGGGUGAGCUGGUGAUGGCACAGAAACCCAUCUUGGACAAGGUUGGAGUCAAGAAGGAUACGUGGACAAAGGAUGACGCCGAAGCGGAGUUGAAGGAGGUGCAAGACAUCCUCAAGCAGCGCCAGGAGCAGGGGCACCACAGGCGGCUGGCCCGACUGGCCCUAAUGCGCGUGCUGCACGUGCAGAUGCUCCUGGAGAUGCGACUGUCGCAAAUGACACCGGCAGUCGCGGCGAGCGAGCGACAACUGCUGAGGAAGCGCGUGCCUGAACUGCUGUUUGACUCUGACAGCAGCAAUGGCACCGUCAGCGGAAGCAGCGCAAACAACAACGACAACAACAACAACAACGACGACGACAGCAGCCGCAGCCGCCGUGACGGUGGGGGCCUCCAUUGCGCGCGGGUUGCCGUACGCCUGCUCCUGCGGUGCGGCCCCUUGCGGCUUACCGAGACCACAAUGAGCGCCGAAACCGCAGUGAAGAGCCUGUAUCGCAUCAUCUACACCGCCAGCCCGUGCCUUGGCAAGGAUGACCUGCACAACCUGGACGUGCCCGAAGGCAUGUUCCGCGCCAGCAGUGCUGCAGCGGCGGAGGCAAGGAAGGCCUGGCUCGGCGCCAUUCCCGCAGCCAUGCAGACGGCCACUGCUCGUGAUGGCCCGAACAAGGUGUGGGGCAGCGUUGCAGAGCUCAACGAGGAGCGGCAAGCGUUUGUCAAGACGUUUGAAGCGCGAGCGAGAGGGCGUGAAGGUGCUGGCAGCGGCAGCGGCGACAAGAAGGAUGCAGCCCUCAAGUAUGCGUUGGACGACGAAGACGGUGACUACUCCGACUACCCGGACAUUGACCCGCUGGAGGAGCUCGCUCUUGACGAUUACGAGGAGGAUGAGACUGAUGACAGCAACAUUGGCGCUGGCGAGGAUGACUGGGCAGUUACUUCUUCGUAUGCGCGUGUGGGUGGGGCGUUUGGCAGCAUGGGCGCAUUUGAAGCGACGAGCGGUGUUCGCAGCCUUGAUCACCACAGCGAUGAUGAUUACGAUGAUGACGGUGAUGAUGAUGAUGAUGAUGAUGAUGACAUGGAGGACGACGCUGAAUUUGCUCUUGCUUUUUCAAAGCAGCAGUAGUGAAGAGACGAAGGAGCCCUGGAGGCGGGAUGGAGAGGGGAUGUUGGGUUGUUUCCUGGUUGAGGAUGGGUCUGCAUGGACUUACGCACGCGCGCGUGCGCGUUUGCAGUUGGCAGAGUGUUGGCGUUCUGAAAGCGUGCAUGGUGGAUGGCCUCUUAUGCGUCAUAUGCUGUACGUGAGUGAGUGGGUGUGUGUAGGUGUCUAGGUGUGUGUGUGUGUGUGUGUGUGUGUUGUUUUCUUCUUUCCUUGCGUUUCAGUUCUUUGCGUGUCCUUCUUUCUGUCAUCUUUGCGUGUCCUUCUUUCUGUUGGGUCUCGGGCCUGUUGCGUGAUGACGAGGAUGAGAUGUACUGCUGUUGCUUCUUUGCUGCUGUGUUUGAGUGCGGGAAAUGCAGAGGGGGGUUGUGUUGAUUGCAGGUGUGUGUGCGUUGCAUUGCCUUGUGUAGUUGUGUGUUGGUUUUGGCGUGCUUGCGUUGUGUUGUUGGUGUUGUCACGCACAUCAUUCCUAACGUCGAGCUGUUUCAUUGAACAAGAGUUGGUGA